AUGGUUCAAGGAAAGACGAAGAAUCUUCAGAAAUCAACUGGCAACUCUCGAGCUGCUAAGAAAGCCGCCGCCAAUCCGAAGAAGGGCAAGAGGGCUAUUGCACCGAAAAAGGAGGCUCUGGUCAAACAGGCUAAAAUGCACCAGAACUUGAGCGCAAAAAUCAACAAGACCAUUGAGCAGCAGGUCGUGAACGCUGCGAGCUCAGGAAAGCUGACCAUCAUGAAGAACAUCGCUAGUGACCGGUUCGUUCUAUAG